AGUGGGUGAAGGAGGGCGGCCUGUGGGGAGCAGCCUGGUGGACUAGCAGAGACUGAAGGAGCACUGUUUGGAGUUAAACCGUCUUGCUGGGGAUAUCUUGGUGUACUGUACAUGAGGACCGAUAAGGACCGUACACCAGAGUCUCAACAUGCACCGAAUAACGGGGAGAGCGGGAGGCGACAGUCUGAUUGAGAUGAGCCCAACUGACUCUUUCAAUGAUGAUGUAAAUGGCUACCCCCAACAUGUUUCAUCGAGCACAGGAUCCCUCCACCCGGAACAAUCACCGUCUCCUUUAACGCCUGAUGUGUGUGUAGAGACCUGUGAUUCUCUCAACACCAGCCUGGCCUCGCUGGCCCAGUCUGAACACAGCGACAGUCCACAGCACGAGUCUGAGACUUUAGAGCGAAUCGAAGCUUUGACUGGGCAGUGGAGAAAGCGGGCCCUAUUCCUGAAGUUUCGUUCCAGGAUUGACAAACAACAACACAGCAAAGACUCUGUGUUCUUCCGUGAUGGGGUGCGCAGGAUUGAUUUUGUCCUGUCCUAUCUUGAUGAUAAAGAUGGCGAGAGAAAGCAGGAGAGGAGGAAGAUGUACGAAGCUAAUUUAGUGAACGUCGGCCUGGAACUGGAGACAGAAGAUAAAUCGGAGUCGGACGACGGAAAGACUUAUUUUGUGAAGAUCCACACUCCAUGGGAAGUCUUGGCCACCUACGCAGACGUGCUGAAGAUCAAGGUCCCAUUCAAGGUCAACGACAUCCCAGACAACGGUGACAUGCCCAUGAACUGGCUGUCCACCCCCUUCCGUCUGCCGGAGCACAUCAUGCACCCCGAGCCCGACUAUUUCACGGCUCCAUUCGACAAGAGCAAGUCCGACUUCUUCCUCAUCGAUGACAAAGCGACGUUCUUCCCCCCAUCUGUCCGCAACAGGAUAGUCUACUACAUCCUGUCCCGCUGUUCAUACUUCAAGGAUGAGUGCGGAGAUAAAGACAAGAAGGGAAUCAAGAGGUUACUCAACAACUGCACCUACACUGCUGCCUUCCCGCUGCAUGAUUGUAGAUACUGGACAAAAGCGAAAGAUGCUAAUUGCGAAAGUGAGAGAUACCAUCUCCACAAACACUGGGCCAGAUUCUUCUGUUUCUACAAGGAGCAGCCCCUCAAUCUCAUAAGGAAGUAUUAUGGGGAGAAGAUAGGUAUUUAUUUUGCCUGGCUGGGCUUCUACACUGAGAUGCUGUUGUUUGCUGCGAUAGUGGGAACACUCUGUUUCGUCUAUGGAUUCCUCACCUUCGGUGACAACGAGUGGAGUAAAGAAAUAUGUAGUGCUGAAAUCGGAGGGAAUAUUGUCAUGUGCCCGCUGUGUGACAAGAAAUGUGGCUACUGGAAACUCAACUCAACAUGCAACUCCUCAUGGCAAUCGCACCUGUUUGACAAUGUGGGAACGGUGUUUUUUGCCAUAUUUAUGGCGAUUUGGGUGACGCUGUUCCUGGAGUUCUGGAAGAGGCGGCAGGCUCGACUCGAGUACGAGUGGGAUCUGGUGGACUUUGAAGAGGAGCAACAGCAGCUGCAGCUUCGGCCCGAGUAUGAGACCAAGUGCACCAACCGCAAGCUGAACAGAAUCACUCAGGAAAUGGAGCCGUACUUACCAAUAACAAGCAAGUGUGCACGCACGUGUCUGUCUGGAGCCACAGUCCUGUUAUGGAUCUCAUUGAUCAUUGCCUGCAUCAUUGGCGUGAUAGCGUACCGUCUAGCGGUUUACGCAGCCUUCGCCAGCAUCAUGAAGGACAAUCCCACCACCAACCUGCAGGUGGUCGGCCCCUACAUCACGCCACAGCUGGCCACCUCUGUCACAGCCUCCUGCAUCAACUUUGUCAUCAUCAUGAUCCUCAACCUCAUGUAUGAGAGAGUGGCUGUUUGGAUCACUGACAUGGAAAUUCCCAAGACCCAUCUGGAGUAUGAGAACAAACUGACGGUGAAGAUGUUCCUCUUCCAAUUUGUCAACUACUAUUCCUCCUGCUUCUACGUGGCUUUCUUUAAGGGCAAAUUUGUCGGCUAUCCUGGAAAUUAUGCCUAUAUGUUUGGCAGCUCACUGAGAAAUGAAGAGUGUGACCCUGGUGGCUGUUUGAUUGAGUUGACCACGCAGCUGGUGAUCGUGAUGACGGGUAAACAGGUGUGGGGAAACAUCCAGGAGGCUCUGGUCCCAUGGAUGAUGAACUGGUGGGGCAGCAGGAAGGCACGAAACCACCCAGAGAGUCUGUACAGCCGCUGGGAGCAGGACCACGACCUGCAGAGCUUCGGACAGCUCGGCCUCUUCUACGAGUAUCUGGAAAUGGUGAUCCAGUUUGGUUUCAUCACGCUGUUCGUCGCCUCCUUCCCCCUGGCACCCCUGUUGGCACUCAUCAACAACAUCAUCGAGGUGAGAGUGGAUGCCUGGAAGCUCACCACUCAGUUCAGACGUCCGGUGGCAGCAAAGGCUCACAGCAUCGGAGCCUGGGAGGAGAUCCUCAACGGGAUGGCCGUUCUCUCUGUGGUCACAAAUGCGUUCAUCGUAGCCUUCACCUCUGACAUGAUCCCUCGGCUCGUGUACAUGUACGCCUACCAGCCGGAUGGGGAGUUGAAUAUGAAAGGCUACAUAAGCAACAGCCUGUCUUCCUUUAAUAUCUCUGUCAUCCCAGACGUAAACAGGCCUGAUGUCGACGAAAACCCUUCCUGGUUCAACACCUCGACCAUCGAUACCUGCAGGUACCGUGAUUACCGCUACCCCUCCGGCCACGAGAAGCAGUACACUCACACUAUGCAGUUCUGGCAUAUUCUGGCAGCAAAGCUGGCGUUCAUCAUUAUCAUGGAGCACGUUGCGUUCCUGGUCAAGUUCUUUGUUGCCUGGAUGAUUCCUGAUGUUCCCUCUGACGUGAGGGCUCGAGUGAAGAGAGAGCGCUACCUGGUCCAGGAGUAUCUCCAUAACUAUGAAGUGGAGAAGCUGAAGAUCCAACUCAGCCAAAACGUCCAUGAAGAGUGUAACUGCUCGCCUAUGAUCUACCCGUGUUUACCCAAACAUGAGGUGCUGUCAGAGUGUCUCUAGCCCAGAGAGUUACUGGCUAAUCCUCUGGACAUGAUGUAGAUUACCCUGCUGGGGUAUGAUGAUACUGACCAUUACUUUGCUGUAGUGCCUGUGUGUUUUGUCCAGUACACAUACACACAAAAACUAAGAACAUAUAUAUAAAAAGCCAUCCCUAUUCUACUAGUCUGCUGAUAGUUAAAGUGCACAGAGUGGAUCGACCAAGUCUCCAUGCAUGCUGAAACACAUGUAUUUAAACCUCUGGCCUACACUCUCUAUGCUGCAAUGAAAGCGCUGAUGAUAAUCAACAUUUGCUGUAAAAAAUCCCAAAACACUGUGUCUAAUCCAGACAACUACUCUUGUUUAGAUAUGACUAUUUAUUUAAGUGCCACUAUAAGUAACCAAAGACUAGGUGCCUUAAUUUAUGACACACUUAUCAUUGCCAGUAGAAUAACAGCCAUUUAACUGAGGGCUUGCUUAUUAUGAGAUUUUGAGUUUUCCCUUGUUUGUAUGUGCAGCUAUAUGAUAUAUACAGUUCCAGUAUCUGUAAGUCUAUAUUCAAUUUGAGUUUGUUUUUUGUUUGUAAAGUUACAGCAACACAUUGUAUUCACAUUGAGGUAAUCCUUACCCCUUACUCAAUUUUAACAAAACUAUUAUCCUCUCUCUGGCAAAGUAACAUUUAGAUUUAAUCUCAUAACUGCCCAGCAGUUUCUCCAGCUUCAAAUCUGACAUGUGAAGUAGCUUUCUGUGAAGAGAAAUCUGUGCAGCUGUUAGUACUGUGAGUGAAGGCGGCUUUUGUCCUGCAGUGGCCAGUUGUUGAGCAGCAGCAGCAGCAGCUGGUGUGUGUUGACUGUUGACAGUAAGUCCUGUGCCUGGAGAUGAGGAGCGGGAAGCCCUGAGAGAGUGAAGGGAUCCCUUUUUAAUGUGCCUCUGUUUACCAACACGUCAGAGCUAAUGAAAGCUGCCCCUACCUACUGAACUAUGUUUGCUCCAUUACACAAAGCACGUCAGCCAUCGCCCACUUCUUGUGCUUCUGUUUUUCCUCAGCUGUGUGAAGGAAAGAUACACAUUAUUUUUUCUUUUUUUUUGCACAAAGCACUUAAUGAAACGUGAUUACCAAGACGUAAACAUGUCAGUGUCUUUGUCGUCAUGAUGCUACGCAUUCAUAAUCAGUGUUUUGAAGCAACAAUGUGUGAUACUUUGUGUUCACUAAUAUGGAACAGGUGAAAAAGAAGUCUGAAUUUGAUAUUUAUAUUGUGCUUAAAUGACAACCGGGAGAAAGAUGUAGCUUUUUUGUUUUGAAAUUAUAUGAAGGACAUUUCAUGGCUGCCUAAAUGAAAACAUGUGAUACUUAUCUGUUGUUGAAGUAUUUAAAUGUUAGGUAAAAUAGCUGACUGCUGUGCUACAAACUCAGGCAACGAUAAAUCUAUGUUUGAUCGUGAUGCAUGUAGAUGAGAUCCUGUUAUGUUGGACAGUUUCCCUAACACAUGUUCUGCGCUUAGCUAAACUAUUACCUGUUGAUGCCUUAACACAUCUAAUACCUGUGUUUUCUAUUUUAUUUUAUUGAAUAUUUCUUUUCUUGAGUCUUUUUAUUCUCUACUUAUAAUAUUUCAUUUGAUACUAUUAUCGUGCUUGGGGAAAAGGUGAAUCUGUUUAUUGUAAGCUUUAAGUUACAAUGUUAUGUUUCAUUCAUUCGUUGCUGUAAUUUUUGUAAUUGUCAUGUAUCCAAAUAUGUAAAAAGACAAAUCUCCAAAAUAAAGUGGCUGUUCAACUUGA